AUGGCUGUUUUUGAACUGUACACUCAGGUAAGAUCAAACGAUAUUUACUAGAACUCAGAUGGUUACAGCGAAAUGUGGUUUUACAGGGACAUAUGGAAACUCUGUGGAAAGGGCUCAGGCUCGCUACAGAGGAUAAACCAACGAAAACUUCAAGACUAAUGCUCAACUAUUGAUCAGAUAUUUCCAUUGCAUGUCUGUUUGGGUUUUUGAUAGACAAAUAACAAAAUGAAUGAAUCAAAAAGUAAGAUAAUUGUCCUCACUGGGUCAAACUUUAGUGUUGUUUGUCACUCUACAGUGCGUUUCACUACAAUGUAAACUUGUCCCUGCUUAGUACAAUAGAGUGUGGAUCCCAGAUACAAGCCAUGUGUGGAAAUCAGCUGAGAUCAGGAGAGACUUUCACUUAGGAGAUCAUGUUCUUGAACUGCUUCUGGAAGAUGGCACAGUGAGUAAAGUGUGACCAAUAAAACCUUACUGUGCUUUUAUGAUGCUGAGAAGAAGCAGCUGACUUGACUAUUUUAUGUAACCUGUGUCAUUGUGCAGGAGUACAACCACCCUGUGGACCCCUCUAAACCUCAGCUUCCCCCACUUCGUAACCCGGACAUCUUGGUGGGGGAGAAUGACCUCACUGCACUCAGCUACCUGCAUGAACCUGCAGUCCUGCACAAUCUCAAAGUGCGCUUUGUGGAGUCAAGAAUCAUCUACACCUACUGUGGUACUGGAGCAAAACUCUGGUUGUCAAACUUAAGUGUUGAGAGCCGCUGCUCUUGGCUCAGUCUUUGCUGUUUCCUUUUAUUUAGGUAUCAUCUUGGUGGCUGUGAAUCCAUACAAACAGCUUCAUAUCUACGGGGAUGCAAUCAUUCAUGCGUACUCGGGCCAGAACAUGGGCGACAUGGACCCUCAUAUAUUUGCAGUGGCAGAGGAGGCUUACAAACAGAUGGCCAGGUAGACGAAAAAUAAAAUCAUCGCAUAAAUCAUAACAAACACUGAACAUUUUACAGCCCACACUCUUUUUAUCUCUCAGAAACCACAAGAACCAGUCCAUCAUCGUCAGCGGGGAAUCUGGAGCCGGGAAGACAGUGUCCGCUCGAUACGCUAUGAGGUACUUUGCUGUCGUAAGCAAAUCUGGAAGUAAGACUCGAGUUGAAGACAAAGUCCUGGCAUCCAAUCCCAUCACAGAGGUAUGAUUACUCUAUACUGUUGUCUCAUUUAACCUGGAGAAGUGCCUGAUAUUUCAGAGCUGUGUGGUAGACAUUUUUAUGGAUCUUUUAUCUUGUCUCAAUAUGAUAAUGUUCAAAUAAAACUUGUGAAUUGUUCUCAGGCAAUAGGAAAUGCCAAAACUACCAGGAACGACAACAGCAGUCGUUUUGGGAAAUACACCGAGAUAAGCUUUGAUAAGAAGUUCAGGAUCAUCGGGGCAAACAUGCGGACGUAUCUGCUGGAGAAAUCCAGAGUGGUUUUUCAGGUAGUGUAUGAAAUGAUAAAGUGUUUAUGUUUUACUUGAUAAUCUGCACCAGAAUAAUGACACCCUGGUUUCAAUCAGGCAGACGACGAGCGAAACUAUCACAUAUUCUACCAGAUGUGCUCCUGUGCUCACCUGCCUGAGUUCAAGAGUCUGAGACUAUGUGAGUGUUUCACAGCAAAUGUGAUCAAUUACUUUGAAUUCGCUCUGAUUCAUCAUGACCUUUUGGGGUUAAAUGUCUGAUACUUUAAUCUGUAGUGAGUGCAGACAAGUUCCAGUACACCUGCAUGGGCGGUGACAUCGAUAUUGAAGGUGUAGAUGACAAGAAAGACCUGGAGGAGACCAGACGGACCUUCUCACUUCUUGGUAAAAAAAAAAAAUGUCCCAGAGGUGCGUUCACUUUCAUUUUUAAAUGACUCUCUCUAACAUCGGGGUCUUCUCUCUGCUUCUCCAGGGUUGAAGGAGGACUUUCAAAUAGACGUGUUCACAGUUUUGGCAGCCAUUCUGCAUCUGGGAAAUGUUGAAAUCAAAAACUCUGGAAGCGACAAAUCAUCAGUUUCUGUAAGUCUCUACUCACUCAAGUGCCUUCAUUUACUUUUCAGCUGACAGAGGAAAGAUCUUAAAAGCGUGGUCCAUUUUUGCAUAUGUUGAAGCUCAGGGAUCCACACCUGGCAGUUUUCUGUCAGUUGCUGGGUGUUAGCGCAGAGGGGUUGGUGCGUUGGCUGUGUCAUCGGAGGAUCGUGCUGGUUGCUGAGACGGUGGUGAAGCCCGUGCCCAAAGAGAAGGCAGUAAAUGCCAGAAAUGCUCUUGCCAAGCAGAUCUAUGCCCAUCUGUUCGACUGCAUUAUCACCAGGAUAAACACGGCACUGCAGGUUCCAGGAAAGCAGCACGCUUUCAUAGGUGUUCUGGACAUCUAUGGGUAAAUCACACAUGACACUUUUCUUCUCUUCAACUGUUUGAACUUAACAUCAUGUUAUUUAAUCUUAUCUCUCUUUUUUCCUCAGCUUUGAAACCUUUGACAUCAACAGCUUCGAACAGUUUUGUAUCAACUAUGCAAAUGAAAAACUUCAACAGCAGUUCAACUUGGUAUGCAUCCUAAUGAUACCAAAUCACUGCAAAGCACAACAUACUGUAUUUCCCUGUUGCAGGCUCAGAGAUUCAGUCUUUUUUUCUCAUUUUAUGUCAGCAUGUGUUCAAACUAGAGCAAGAGGAGUACAUGAAAGAGGAUAUCCCCUGGACGCUGAUAGAUUUCUAUGACAACCAACCGGUCAUUGAUCUGAUCGAGGCAAAGCUGGGGAUCCUGGAUUUGCUUGAUGAAGAGUGUUUGGUAACCAAACAGACACUUUCUCUUUAUUAUGUUGCUCCACAUCUUACUCUGCAUGUUUAUAUGUCUUCGUCUUCAUGUGUGUAUUAUCUGAACAGUUUCCUCAAGGUACGGAUCAAAGCUGGCUGCAGAAGCUGUUCAACUACCUCUAUUCAAACCCCAUGUUUGAGAAGCCCAGGUUGUCGAAUGAGGCAUUUGUGAUUCAACAUUUUGCAGACAAGGUUUGGCUUGGUUGACCUCUCACUGUGUAUCACAAAUUCAUCUCCCUCUGUCAAUGUCUGUUAUGACAGAUUUCCUUCUCUGAACUGCUUGACAGGUGGAGUACCAGUGCAAAGGUUUCCUGGAGAAGAACAGAGACACUCUCUAUGAAGAGCUAGUUGACAUUAUGAGAGCCAGUAAGGUAACCAAAAGCUUUAUUUAAGUUUUCUAACCAAUCACAGUGGUUAGAAAGUGUCUGCGUUAUAAAAUCCAAGCCAUGCAGUACUGUUUUUCCCCCAUUUCAACAAAUUUCUUCUGUUUGCCACUCUUAUCAGUUUCCGUUUCUGGCCAACUUUUUCCAAGAGGAGGAGCUUCGUGCUGUGAACAGUAAAGGUGUCAAAGUGAGACCUGCCAGGCCGGGGAUGAAAUCGGCCAAUAAACAGUUGAGAGCCUCUGUGGGAGAUAAGGUGGAACUGUUUACACUCUGACACAGCUCAGCGGGGACUGAAGUCUCUUGCUGAACUUUCCAUGAUAUUCUGCGUUUACCACUUCUGUUAAAUGAGCUUUUAUUUUGCUAAGUCUUCCUUUCUCAUGAUUUUUAUGUUUUUUUAAUGUAGUUUUGCAGCUCCCUCGCUUUACUGAUGGAAACACUGAAUGCCACCACCCCUCACUAUGUGCGCUGCAUUAAGCCCAAUGAUGAUAAGCUUGCUUUUGAGUAAGUACUGACGGGACUGUGUUUGACAUGAGCCACUCUGUGUUUAUCUGGAUAUGUUUGCAUGUUUUUCUAUCCUGCUCAAGAGAGUUUCGCUUGUUGUUUUUUUUGAGGUAUGACUCGAGGAGGGUGGUGCAGCAGCUGCGAGCAUGUGGAGUCCUUGAAACUAUCCGCAUCAGUGCACAGAGCUAUCCCUCCAGGUGAUCUCUUGUUACAUCAGACAAAUUGAAUUGAAUUGAAUUGAACUGAACUGAAAGCCUUUAUUGUCAUUAUACGUCCAUAUAACGAAAUUAUGUUGCUACUCCAGAGUAUCAAUCACACAUACAACAAAUAGCAAAACAGUAGAGUAUAAAAAAGAUAAUAAAAUAAGUAUAAUAAAAAAAAAACUGACUGGGGAGGUAGUCAUCUCUGUUUGUUUAGGUGUGUUAUGGCAUUGGGGAAGAAACUGUUUGUAAAUCUGGUGGUUCUGGAUUUGGUGGACCUGUAGCACCUGCCAGACGGCAGCAGUUCGAACAGAUGAUGGCCUGGGUGUGAAUGACAGAAGUCUGAAAUUCAUUUCCCACUGAGAAUUUUUUGGUCUAAAAGAGGUCUAAAACCACAGGUCUAAAAAUGAACGUUUUUUAGACAUCUAAAUUUAGACCAAGUCUAAAUCUGGGCGAUAUUAAUACUACGCUGUAUAUUGCUCAACCGCUAUCAUAAUUAUUUUGGUUAAGUACUUUGAGAUCAGUUAUGCAACUCACAGUUGCUUUUUGAAAUAAAUAGUUAUCGAAUAAUGGAUUAAAGUGCAACGUCUAAAUUCUGUCUGAAAAUAUACAGAAUCUGGACGGUUGAAAUUAGGUCUAAAAAAAACUAGAUGUCUAAUAGCUGCCUAAUGUUCAGUGGGUUGCUCAUGUUUAAAUAGUAAAAAUGUUGUUUGUUUGUUUUUCUGCAGGUGGACAUACAAUGAGUUUUACAGCCGGUACAGCAUCCUAAUGUUGCAUCAGGAGGCGGACAUCAGUGAUAAGAAACAAACUUGUAAGAACGUCCUGCAGAGGCUCAUUCAGGUUAGCCACUUUCAAAUACAGCUCUAUCGUGUCUGUUUGUAGAUUUGAAAUUAAUUUUGUGUGACUGUGUGUACUGUAGGACCCCAACCAGUACAAGUUUGGUCGGACAAAGAUCUUCUUCAGAGCCGGUCAGGUGGCGUAUCUGGAGAAGCUGCGCCUUGACCGUUUGAGAGGAGCGUGUGUGACAAUCCAGAAACAUGUCCGUGGGUGGAGUCAGAGGAGGAAAUACCUGCGCAUGAGAGAGGCGGCAAUCAUCCUCCAACAGUAUAUUCGUGGGCAGAGGACGGUUCGGUGAGACUUACACUUCAGUUUUCCUGCAUCCUUAGUGUUAACGGGGGCAAUCCUGAAAUGUAAACCCUUGUGUUUGUUUCAGUAAAACGGUGAGCCCUGAAACUCUGAAGCAGGGCUGGGCUGUGCUGGUGAUCCAAAGACACUGGAGAGGUUACCGCAUGAGGGAGAUCUACAGAGUCGUCCGUGUGGCUACAAUCACUAUCCAGGCCUUCUCCCGUGGAUGGUUUGCCCGCAGACAGUACAAGAAGGUCUAUAACCCAGUCUUCAUAUAAUCUGAGUUACUCAACUGAAGGUAGCCAUUGAACCACAGACCUAAUGUCUCUUUUUUCAUCAGAUGAUGAAGGAGCAGAAAGCGCUGGUUCUACAGAAGUACGCUAGAGCAUGGCUGGCACGCCGGCGUUUCCAAACCAUGCGCCGCCUGGUGCUCAAUGUGCAGCUGUCCUUCAGGGUGCAGCAGCUACGAAAGAAGCUUGAGGAGCAGGUAAAGAGGUUCCCCCACGCUACUCUCGCCUUGGCUUUAGUGUAAAGGCCAUAACUUACCCCCUCUGUAUCCUCGCAGAGCAAAGAGAACCGUGGAUUGGUGGAGAGGCUGACAUCCUUGGCCACUACCCAUUCUCAAACUGUGGACAAGCUUCUAGGGCUGGAGGCAAACCUGGAGAAAACCACCCACCUGAAGGCAUCUGUGGAGGCAAGGGAGAAGAAAGCAAAAGAGGAAGCUGGUCUGGUCAGUGAAGAAAAUGAUGCUUCAGAUGAAUUCAUGUUGUUUCAGGCACAAAAAAAGACGAUUAAAACCUGAUUCUAACUUUCACAGACAAUUGUACAGCUUCAAAAGGACAUGGAUGCACUAAAUCUGGAGAAGCAGAACUUGGUGAAAAAGUAUGAAGCUUCUGCCAGCGAGGCCCAAGGUAACAAAAGUGAAGAUUUCUUGAAAAUAUUGUCACUUUAACUGCAGUUUACAACAGAUCCUACACUCUUACAGAAAACUUUGAGCAAUUGAAGAGCAGUCUUCAGGAAGAGAAAGAAUAUGAAGCAAGACUGAGAAAGUAAGUCAUAAAAAUCUGUCAUUGUCUUUAGUUUUCCAGCCAAAGCAAAUUCAGACUCGGCUUGUUUUGUUUGAUCGGUAAAGUGGAUGAGAUGCUUCUUGGCAGGGUUGCAGAAAACAACAGUGAGAUCCAGAAACAAGACCAUGAAAAGGAGGUAGAAAUUCUGAAAGAGGAGACAAAGAGACUUAAAGAAGAUCGAGUCUGUCUGCAGAGGAAGAUCGAGGAGGCGGGGCAGACGAACUCUGACCUGCAAGAACAGGUCAUCCAGCUCACCAAACACGUCAAAGUCAUCCCAGAGCUACGCCGAGAUCUGAACAAUCUACAAAAUCAGAAAAAUAACAUGGACCGAAUGAUGAAGCAACAGUCGCAACAAGCAAGAGGUAUCAGCUUUUGGUUGUGAAAAUAAUACCUCCUUAUUUAUGCAUCACAUAUCCUGUUUUUCGCUGAUGAUGCUGUGAUAUCUCUCCGUAGUGAAAAUGAAUGAUAUCACAAGACAACUUCUUGGAGGAGUUGUUGAGAAGGAGGUUCUUUUAGGGUAAUAAAUUUUCGUUGUACUCCCACAGCAGUUUCACUAUCUCUCAUCAAGACGCUGACUCUCCCACAUUGUUUCUCUUCAGGUUAAGUCCAGAUGACUCAGAGAAGAGUUAUGAAGUCGAAGACAUGCUGGCAACCUUUGAUGGUCUUCAGAAAGCUACCAAGUCUGUUUUCAAGAAAAAAAUCAUCUACAACCAUCGCUUAAAUUGAUCUCAGUGUUUUGCAGUUUUUUCUUGUACCUUUGUGGUUGAUAGAUGAUGUGGUUCCACCUUUGAUUCCAGGAUUCUUGAGACCCACCAGAGAGAGCAGAAGGAAAAGUAUGAAACCCAAGCAGAGGGCUUGAAGUUGAAAAUGGAACACCUUCAAAAGGAGAACAGCAAGUUGCAAAACCUGUUUCGGGAAAAAAGCGACAUUAACGAGAACAUUUGUCAAGAGGUUUCCAGGCUGAGCGGCGAGAACUCGGUGCAUUUCUUUAAAAUUCCAUAUUUUAUCGCACAGGAUUGAUAAGGUGCAGAGAGUAACAUGAUUUAAUGUGAUCCACAGGUCAUACCAGAGCUGAAAUUACAGGUUUCCGACCUGCAGAGACAAAAGCAAGAACUGGAGGCCCAUGUGGAAGAGCAGAAAAAAGAGCUAGCUGGUAAAUAUGAAUAUCUGAUUCCAUGUGUUCUGAUUUGCUUUUCUUGUGCAAAUUAGUAUUUCACUUUUGAUUUUCUCCGUAUGCAAUCUAACAGAAAAAACAGAGGAGAUCUCAAAUGUUCUUCAAAAAAAGAUAAAGGAUGAGAGCUCACAGCGCAAGUAAAAAAAAAAUCUGAUUAGAGUUUGAUUUUCUUGAUUAAAGGAGUGACUGGGAUUUGCAAGCCCCUCUCUGAUUUUUGCUCCUCUUUAGGCACUUUGAGGAGAAAGCGGAAGAGCUGGAGGAGCGGAAGAUGGAGCUUCAAGAGCAGGUGGAGGAGCUUGAAGAGGAGACCCACUACUUGAAGAGACAGCAGCAGAUGGAGAGUGAAGUUAAGAGCAAACUGAGAGAGGAGAUUUCGAGGCUGACUGCAGAGAACAUGGUUUGUGUGUAAAUGACUGAGAUAAGUGGGUUAUGGCUGUGAUUGCAUGUGUGAGAAACAGUAACAAACGUUCCCCUUUUUUCAGGACUUUGAAGAGCAGCUUGACCACAGGGACAGACUGAUUAAAAGACUACAGACUCAAAUCAAAAGCCUCGAAGCAUCACAGAAAGGUAGCUGUCUUCUGUUGCCCAUAAACUACCUUAUACAUCAGACUCCUACAUUUUCAUCAUCUUUAUUUUUCUCACACAGCAAAGCAAACAUCUGCGCCUGCCCUCCCCAAAGACUUCCUCGGCAUGUUGGAGUACAAACGAGAGGAUGAGGGCAGGCUCAUCCAAAACAUCAUUCUGGGUAUUCUUUCUCUCCGUAUUUAUUCAUUAUUCUCAAAUAGUCACAAGAAACCAAUUCAUUUCCAUUGUUUACCUGCUUUAAGCUUUAAAUAUCACAAUGCUCUCUGUCUAAUAAUAGUUUAAUAAAAAUUCACUGCUGUCUUCACACAGACUUAAAGCCCAAAGGUGUGGUGGUCAGUAUGUUCCCCACUCUGCCGGCCUACAUCCUCUUCAUGUGUAUCCGCCAUGCCGACUACUUGAAUGAUGAAAACAAACUCAAAUCUCUGAUGAAUGGAGCCGUUGUGUCGGUCAAGAAAGUCAUUCUGGUGAGGCUAAAUCUAAGUCAAGAAGCUUUUAUCUCUACUUUAAUGGUUUUAAACUAAAACUGGUUAUUUGUAUAAGUAGUUGAGAAAAAUAUUGGAAAACUAGUUUUCGGUUUAGUGUCCUUUCAGUAAAUGAUCUGAAAAGGAAGAGACAGCCAACAGAAAUACAAUUUACAUAUAGCACUAAAUGUUAGGUUACAACAUGAUAUGGUACUGUAGGACUGGAAAGGAUAUGGUACAUUAACAUCAUACAGGAUAUGAUAUAAUAUGCUAUGAUAUGAUAUGACAUAUGACAUGACAAGGUGUGAUGUGAUAUGACAUGACAUGAUACAGCAGGAUAUAAUAUGAUAUCAUAUGACAUGACAUGACAAGGUGUGGUGUUAUGACAUGAGAUGAUAUGGUACAGCAGGAUAUGAUAUGAUGUAUGGAAUGACGUGACAUGAUUUGACAAGGUGUGGUGUGAUAUAACAUGACAUGACAUAUGACAUGACAUGAUAUGGUACAGCAUGAUAUGAUAUGAUAUGGUAUGAUAUGACAUGACAUGAUAUGAUAUGAUAUGACAAGGUGUGGUGUGAUAUGACAUGAUAUAAUAUGAAAUAGCAGAAUAUGGUAUAGCAUGAUAUGAUAUGAUAUAAUAUGACAUGAUAUGAUAUGACAUGAUAUGAUAUGACAUGAUAUGGUACACUAUGAUAUGAUACAAUACGAUAGGAUACUAUACGAUACGAUCUGAUAUGAUAUGAAAUGACAUGACAAGGUGUGGUGUAAUGUGACAUGACAUAUGACAUAUGACAUGAUAUGGUACAGCAGGAUAUGAAAUAGGACAGUUUCAUACAGUGUUGUUUUGGUAUGGUUUUAGGAUAUUACUGGGUGGCAUGUUGUGAUAUGAUAUAAUAAAGUACAAUACAGUAUGAUAAUAUAUGAUACAUUAUAAUAACAAUUUGUUAUAGUAUUGUAUGACUGAAAAUAAAACAAUAUGGUAUGAUACAAAAGAAUAUGUCACAGUGCAGUUCCGUAUGACACGAUAUGAGACAGUUCAAUACAUUAUGAUAUGGCUAGAUAGGAUAAGAUACCGAACAUAAAAUGAACAUAACUACCAGAUAACAUUAAGGAAUAUGAAUUUAAAUUUUUUAAAUCUGUACCAUUGUUUCUGAAUUACUGAUGUUUCUGUCCUUUAGCGUUUCCACAAAGACUUGGAGCUGCUGUCCUUCUGGCUCUCGAACACGUACCAACUGCUCAACUGUCUGAAGCAGUACAGUGGGGAGGAGGUGAGAAUUUACUCUGCUGCAUUUUAUUUAUUGAUAAAGUCAAAUUUGAUGUGCAUCUUUUGUAUUCUGUCCACCACAGGAGUUCAUGAAGCAGAGCACACCCCGGCAGAAGAAGAACUGCUUGCGAAAUUUUGAUUUGUCAGAGCACAGACAGAUUCUUAGUGACCUCGCCAUUCACAUCUACCAUCAGUUUUUAUCAGUCAUGGAAAAGAGCCUUACUCCUAUGAUAGGUAUGACACAAAUUUCAUCAUUAUCACUUGCAGAUGUUCAUGAAAGCCUUAACCUAAAAUAAGCUGUUUCAUCUAACAGUACCAGGUAUGCUGGAGUACGAGAGUCUUCAGGGCAUUUCUAGCAUGAAGCCAACAGGCUUUAGGAAGCGUUCAAAUAGCUUCUAUGAGGACUCAGACACCUACACAGUCUCCUCAAUUAUCCAGGAGCUCAGCACCUUCCUCUUCACCAUGACCCAGCAUGGCAUGGAGCAGGGCCUCAUCAAGCAGGUCGUCAAGCAGCUCUUCUUCCUGGUUGGUACAACCACCCUCAACAACAUCAUGCUCCGGAAAGACAUGUGCUCCUGCAGGAAAGGGAUGCAGAUCAGGUCUGUGAUUGUUUCUAUGGCAGAUGAAGUCACUUUUUUUACACUCUGACAUCAGCUCAUAGUGUCUCUGUUUUUCUCAGGUGUAACAUCAGUUACCUGGAGGAGUGGUUAAAGGAGAAGGAAAUGCAAAGCUCCCAUGCUAUAGACACUCUGAAGCCACUGUCUCAGGCCGCCUGGCUGCUGCAGGUCAACAAAUCCACAGAUGAUGACGCAAAGGAGAUUGCUGAAAAAUGCACAGAACUCAACACUGUUCAGGUAGUUUUUUUUAAACCACACUGUUUUAGUUCUAUAUUUAAGACGGAUAUUUAUAUCACAAAACAGCUUCAAUUUCUUUGUAGUUCUCACAUUUUCAAGAUUUAUAUGUAUUUAUAAGCCAAGGUACCUGGCUUUUUAUAUACGGCGGGGUUGUAUUAUAUUACAACCAUGUUUGCAUACAUUUAAAUGAGCCAUCAUGCACUCAUUUGGGGUAAAAUAUGCCCCUUUCUAGACAAUGAUACACACACAGAGUUAGAGAGUGUUUUACCAUCUGCUGGGAGUUGGUGAUGAUGGCUCUGCAGUCUUUACAAGCCUUGUCAUGCUCAGACUGUUCAAGACAGAAAUUUGCCUCCGGAUGGUGUAGGAAUAAUUUAUACAAACACACAAGACUUUUAAUAUUGCUUUGAUAUUACCACUAUUAUAAUAGUUGGAGGUUAAGUCAGAAUUGGAAUUUGUGCCACAUCUGUCAGGUAUUGACUUCACAGUUAAACAGUGAGGACUUUCCCUCCCCGUCUAGCUAAUCAUAUAUGUGAAUAGAAUUAAAUACUUCACAGCCCCUGGCCAUUACUUUGAGGCUGCCCUUCAUUCACUUGUAAGGACCUGAUCCUGGCAGCAGUAAGGGGCUCAGGAGCAGUUUGAAUACCGCUUUAUAUGAGGAUUUACAGUAAAGAGAUCUUGAGGGCUAAAAAGUUCUGCAAGCAGGUAAAAUGGAAAGUAUAUGAGAUGAAGAGAGAGCUAAAGACCAAAGUCAGUGAAGUGUGCUCAGAUAUGGUGUAAAUUGAGUUUUAAAAAGUCUAUGUCCACAUUGACACUUUAAACAAACUUGAAUUUAAAUUUGUAGAUUGUCAAGAUUUUGAACUCCUACACACCCAUCGAUGAUUUUGAGAAGAGGGUGUCAUCGUCAUUUGUCCGCAAAGUUCAGGUGAGCUCGAAUGUCGAUCUUUACGUUUUAUUGUAAUGAGUCUUUGAAACUGAAAACUUUGUGUCAUUCAUCAUUUAACACUUAUUCACCUUCCUCACUAUCUAAACCAAACUGCUUCUUUUUUUGCAGACAUUAUUACACCAUCGUGAAAGCUCCUCACAGCUGAUGCUGGACUCGGACUAUCGCUUCCAGGUCAUGUUUCCUUUCUGCCCAUCCACACAGGCCCUGGAGCUGCUGCAGGUCCCGAGCAGCCUUCAUCUUGGUUUCCUCACCAGGAUCUGA